CUCGAAACGCCUCACGUCCGAGUCCGUGCACUGAGCUUACGCGGCUACAACGAUCCGAAUUGAAAAAAAAAAAUUAGAUAAAUAUACGAAUAUUGUUAUCGUAGUCUUCGGGGAUUUUUUUUUUCCAUUACUUGCACGCUUCGCUCAUUAUAUUUCAAUUUUUUUUUCUCUCGUUCCCCGCUCGGGUUACGUUUCUGCGUCAGCGGAGGUUCGCGUAUAUGUCUACUAGCUACCUAUAUAAAGACGUGCGCGUUAUCGGACGGCAGGCGUACGCUGUUUACCGAACUCGCGUGUUCGUCGAGGCAGUAUCAUAAUUUUAUUAUUAUAAUAUUCACCGUUGAUGUCGUAUUAUUAUUACUGUACUAUCAUUAAGUCACAACACUGUCUGUCGCUGGUACCUAUAAUCUACGCGUAGAUUUCGAACGAACGAGAAAAUAAGUUCAAUCGAAUAGUGAAAAAACAUCUACAUAAGCGUUGACCCACCCACACCGCGACGCAGACACCGUAUACUUCACUUCAAUCGUACUUCACAUUUCCGGCCAAGUAAUACGAUUGUUUUUUCGUCGUCCGUCAUCGUAAAAUAAUAGAAAAUGGAUUCUGAAUCGUUUAGAGAAUGUGGGAAAACUGUCAUCGACUAUCUCGCCGACUACAUGGACAACAUCCGAGACAGGCCUGUUCUGUCUACCGUCAAACCGGGAUAUCUGUAUGAAAUGGUGCCAUCCGAGGCCCCGGUCAAAGGUGAACAUUGGAAGACAGUGAUUGCUGAUUUUGAGAAAGUAAUCAUGCCUGGCGUUACACACUGGAACUCACCGCAGUUUCAUGCAUUUUUUCCAACUGGAAACUCUUAUCCGUCCAUCAUUGGAGACAUGUUGAGCAACGGGAUCGGAUGUAUAGGAUUUUCUUGGAUAACGAGCCCAGCGUGCACCGAACUCGAAGUGCAAGUUAUGAAUUGGUUUGGAAAAAUUUUAGACUUGCCGAAAGAGUUUUUAAACGAAUCUGAAGGACCUGGCGGGGGCAUAAUUCAGGGAAGCGCCAGUGAAGCCACGUUUGUGUGUCUGUUGGCUGCCAAAGAUCGCACGACAAAGCGGAUCAAAGCACUCAACCCGACUAUGACCGACGGCGAGAUCAAAGCGAAAUUAGUUGCUUACACUUCCGAUCAGUCCAAUUCGAGCGUAGAGAAAGCAGGUCUCCUGGGAUCGAUGCCGAUGAAGAUGCUCAAGGCAGACAUUAAUGGAAGGAUGACCGGUGCCAUUCUGGCUGAAGCCAUAGCCGAAGACGUCGCCAAAGGGCUGAUACCGUGUUACGUAGUUGCCACGUUGGGCACCACUGGGACUUGCGCGUUCGAUUGUCUGGAGGAGCUGGGCCCCAUCUGUAACAAAAACGACAUUUGGUUGCACGUCGACGCCGCUUAUGCAGGUGCCGCAUUCGUUUUGCCGGAAUACAGAUAUCUGAUGGCGGGAGUACAAUACGCGGACUCGUUCGACGUCAACUUGCAUAAGUGGCUCUUGGUGAACUUUGACUGUUCGGCCUUGUGGGUGAAGAACGCCACUUAUUUGGUGGAUGCGUUCAACGUGGACCGGGUAUACUUGAAGCACAAUUACCAGAGUCAGGAUCCCCAAGUACCGGAUUACAGACAUUGGCAAAUAUCGUUGGGCCGGAGAUUCAGAUCUUUGAAAAUGUGGUUUGUGUUGAAAUUGUACGGUGUGGAGGGCCUACAGGCACACAUUAAAAAACAGAUCCAAUUGGCGGACAUGUUCGGAAAGCUCGUCAACCAGGACCCGAGGUUUGAAGUCAUCACUGUAACCAUGGGAUUGGUUUGCUUCCGAUUAAAGGGCGAUAACGUAUGGACGAAAAACCUUUACGAGCGACUCAUGGCUAGCGGUCAAAUUUACCUGGUCACGGCCACCGUCCGGUCUAAGCUGGUUAUACGGUUCGUGGUGUGCAGUCGGCUGACCGAAGAGGUUGACGUACAGUUCGCGUGGAACGAGAUUUGCACGCAGGCGGAUCACGUGGAUAGCGAACGAGACGUGACGCCAGCGAGUAUUUCCAACGGUCUGACAGGAACGUGGCCAAAGGAAAAGGAAUGCGAACUCACAACGGCCACUGCAAUCGUCGUCAAGUCUUUGUCCCAAGGAUGAGCUACCUAUAUAGUAUAUAUAUAUAUAUUAUAGUAAUCGUCUUCAUGAUUAUAUAAUACUCUAAUUGGUGUCGUUAUUAUAAGACUAUAGGACGCACGAGAUUGAUCGGCUUUUAAAAUAUGUACAUUAUUAUUAUUAUUAUAUUAUUAUUUUUAUUUUUUGUUAUUUUUAUUUAAUUGUGUGUGACAAUCGUAGUGUUAAAACGAGAAACCCAAAAACCACGCUCCGACCGAAAAUAUAAAUUCGAAUUUUCGAUACUUGAUAAACUAAAUACAUAUAAUAUUCCGGGCGUGUUUAAGCGUUUUGUGCUGUUCGUAAUUUAGUUUUCGCGAAAAGAAACAAAAACAUUUAAAAAUACACAAACACAAUACACCGUAUCGAGUGAUACCAUAAAAAAUGCUCACGCAAACGCUUUAGUGCGAAUUCCGAGACCCCUCUCUAUGGAAUUGUAUGCAUACUAUUAAAGUAAUAUGUAUUUAUACGACAGUUUAUUUAUUUGAUGGCUUUCGAACUUGGUGGUUUGGUUUUUUGUUUUCUUACAAAAUUACACGUCCUUUUAAAUUCUUAGAUUUUUAUUGUUAUAUUAUAUAAUUUUAUGAUGUUCUAUUUCCAUAAUCAAAUAAAACACGAUUAUGCUUUACAGGA